UAUCGAUUGCGGCUGGUUGUAUUCGCGAGGAUCUGGUUGGCAACACUACUAGGAUUCCUAACCUCAUUGUUUCAUUGUGGCAUUUAUUGUUUAUAGUUUUCCAAGAAGUUUUCAGUUGUGUGUUUUUUAAAACAAAGCAAUGGGUGAUAUGUUGAAAGAACUGCGUGAAAAAUCGCGAAAAAGGAAACAGUUGCUUGCCCAAACGCUGGGAGUUUCUGGAGCUGACGAAUUGCGGCAAAUUUUGGGUACAGGAGAUAUCCCAACAAAGAAAAAGUCUCAUGACAAACCUAGCACAAGCAGUCAAGCUGAUCAAUAUGAUUACGGAAAGGACUCCUUAGAUGAAAUGGUUUAUAGAGAUUCGUCAACAUUUCUUAAGGGUACACAAUCUUCAAAUCCACACAAUGACUAUUGCCAACAUUUUGUGGACACGGGGCAAAGACCUCAAAAUUUUAUCAGAGAUGUGGGUUUGGCUGACAGGUUCGAAGAAUACCCGAAGCUGAGAGAACUAAUACGCUUAAAGGAUGAGUUAAUAGCUCAAACCGCUACACCUCCAAUGUAUUUAAAAUGUGAUUUGGCGUCAUACGAUCUGAAAAAUGUGAACUGUAAGUUUGACGUUAUUUUAAUUGAACCCCCAUUAGAAGAGUACCAGAGGACUUUAGGAGCCACAAAUAUGCAAUUUUGGUCUUGGGAUCAGAUUAUGAAUUUGGACGUGGGCGAAAUCGCAGCUCAAAGAAGUUUUAUAUUUCUUUGGUGCGGAAGUUCAGAUGGUUUGGAUAUGGGCCGAGUAUGCCUACGGAAAUGGGGAUUUAGAAGGUGUGAAGACAUUUGCUGGAUAAAAACGAAUAUCAAGAAUCCAGUACACUCAAAAAACUUGGAUCCUCGCGCAGUGUUUCAAAGAACUAAAGAACAUUGCCUGAUGGGUAUAAAAGGUACCGUUCGAAGAUCAACCGAUGGCGAUUUUAUCCACGCCAACGUUGAUAUUGACCUGAUCAUUUCCGAGGAACCAGAAUAUGGAAGUCUAGAUAAACCAGUUGAAAUAUUUCACAUUAGCGAACACUUUUGUCUGGGUAGACGGCGUCUUCAUUUAUUCGGCAAAGAUUCAACAAUUAGGCCUGGCUGGCUAACCAUUGGUCCUGAGUUAACCAAUUCAAAUUUUGUGCCAGACAUAUAUGCCAAUUAUUUUUCGAGCGACCAAACUACCACUGGUUGUACCGAGCGAAUAGAGUCCUUGCGACCAAAAAGUCCGCCUCCUAAAGGAAAGGGUAGCCAGAGCGGCAGAGGCAGAGGCAGUUUUCAACGGGGAAGAGGCCGAGGUCGAUAGAGCAGCUACGGUAGAAAGAUUUGUGUACAGCGAAAUCAAAACGAAAGAUACACUGCUGGUAUGUUCAUUAAUAUGGUAACAGCCUGUACAUAUAUUUAAAAUGGAAAGAAAAUAACUAUAUUUUUUAUUACAUUUUUAUUGCAAAUAUUCUUGUAUUACAGAUACAAGUAUCUGUAUACCUCUGUAUGUAUGUUGUGUAUGCUUAGGUUAAAAAAUUCACGCAGAUUUCCUACAAUACCAUGUAUCUCGUACAUUAUUUACGUUGAAAUGAAAUAAACAUACCAAACAUUUAUAUUGAAA